AUGUCUUGGGACGACGAAGAUUUUGAAGUUCCUACCUCGAACAAAAACCAACCUGUUGCAGCGUCUUGGGAUGACGAGUUUGGCGCCGCUGAUGACGAUGAUGAGCUUGUACUAGACUCCUGGGAUGCGGAACCUACCGAGGAACCGGCCAAGAAAGAUAGCAAGAAGGCUGGGGCCAGUGGCAAGAAGGAUGAUAAGAAGAAAGCCAACGGGGACAAAGUGCUUUUGGAAAUCGACACUCUGGAUGAAAAGACGAGAAAAGAGAUACUUAAACAGGCCGAGGUUCAAGCAGACUUGAAUAACGCAGCUGAGCUUUUCGAGGGCCUUGGUGUUGCUGACGAACAUCCCAGAGCCAAGGCACUCCGCAAGCAGCAGGAGCAAGAGAGUCUGUUGCGCCCUGCAUCCUUCACCAAAGAGACCCCAAUCGAGUCACACCCACUUUUCACCUCUGCAGAGACCAAGAUGGAUUUCCAAGAUUUGAGAAGGGCGUUGGCCACCGCAGUCACAUCCAUGAAUGAAAAAUCGCAGCUGAAUUACGCAUCGGGUCUAGCCAUUGAUCUUAUUCGCGACGUUGCCUCACCCAUGUCGAUCGAAUCUAUCAGACAAACGGUGGCGACUUUGAAUGUGCUGAUGAAGGAGAAAGAGAGACAGGAGAGACAGGCCCGUUUGGCGAAGGUUAGAGGGGGCACUGCCACUGGGGGCGCAGGCAAGAAGAAGGCCAAGGCCGCGAAGGCCAACCUCGGCGGUGCAUUCAAGAAGGACCAAGACUUCGAUCUUGACAAUGCCGAUUUCGACGGUUUUGCCGAGGACGAUUUUAUGUAA